CUGUCGAAGUAGAGAGACAAAUACUGGCAUAUGCUCUUCAGUUAAGGUUACUGAAGCAUCUGUUCAGGCUCCAAAGAAACCUACCCGUGGUUUUGGAGCACUGCUGGGUAACCCAAAGAGAAAGUUUGAUACUGAAAAAAAGGCAAGUUUAAUGUGCUCAUUAUUUUUGCUUGCUCUGCAGUUGUUCUAUUCUGAUAAAGGGGACAAGGAAGAGAUCAAAUUGGAUCAGACUAGAUCUUCAGUGAAUCUACCAUUCCACUCAUUUUCUGCCAGGGAUGAACAGCCAAAAGCAGUUAAAGAAGUCAAGGUGGAGCCUGUCACAUCUUCAAAGAACCUUCAAUCCCUCUCUUUUACCUGUGGUGAACAGCCAAAACCUGUCGCAGAAGAGUCCAAAGUGUUAGAAGUUCAAUCUGAGGAACCUCCUGCUGAGCCAUCUGCUAGGUCUAAUACCAAAGAUGUUAUAAUGUUGGAAGAUGAUGUAAAUGAAGACGAAUCAACAAAUGAUAACUUGGAAAAAACCAAUGUGCCCAGGGAGGACGAUUCUGCAGAGCCUGCUUCGGAAAUGGAUGAACAAGUUGAGCCUAUGUCGCUCUCUGAUUUAUCUACCAGCUUCCAGGAAUGCCUGCAAUCAGUGAACAAGAAUAGAAAACCUGGAAAGCUUGAGAAAUCUGAAAACAAAUCGUUUUGCUGCACUCUCUAUCGCUACUAA